CUAAAUAUGACGCUGAUUGCUAUCGGCUAGCUGGCUGCGUUGUUUCCCUCCAUCAACACUGAGCAGAGACCGAGAGUUAGCAAGUUGAUACGGACAACUCCGGAUUCACGUUUGUUAUACCUAGCCUUUCGAGUGAGGCAUUCUUUGCUGGACGUUUGAUUAACCAAUCUGUGCAGAAUAAACGACAUAUGCAGGCUCUAUAGCAGUGCAAGAUGUUCAACAAAUCUUUUGGUGCUCCCUUUGGGGGAGGGACAGGAGGAUUUGGGACUACUUCAACAUUUGGGCAACAAAAUACUGGAUUUGGAGCAACAGGAGGCUUUGGAUCAUCAGCAUUUGGGGCAACAAACAACACAGGGGGACUGUUCGGGACCACCCAGAACAAACCUGGUGGCCUAUUUGGCUCAAGCACCUUCAGUCAGCCUGUCACAUCCUCCACCAGUAGUGGGUUUGGGUUUGGUGCUACCAGUGGCACAUCAAACAGCCUUUUUGGAAGCACCAACACUGGAGGUGGAGGAUUGUUUUCCCAGCAGAAUAAUGCCUUUGGUGCCAACAAACCAGCCAAUUUUGGCACUUUCGGUACCAGCACCAAUAGCGGUGGAUUAUUCGGGACAACCAACACAACAUCCAACCCUUUUGGAGGAACAUCAGGCUCUUUGUUUGGGUCAUCAAGUUUCACUGCUGCUCCCCCUGGCACAACAAUCAAAUUCAAUCCACCAACUGGGAGUGACACAAUGGUAAAAGGAGGUGUGACAACCAGCAUCAACACCAAACAUCAGUGUAUCACUGCCAUGAAGGAAUACGAGAGCAAAUCCCUAGAGGAAUUAAGGUUUGAGGAUUACCAGGCAGGAAGGAAGGGUCCUUCCAACCCCAUGGCAGCUGGCACGGGUGGCCUCUUUGGUGCAGCAGCCACAGCUACUCCCAGUACUGGCACUGGACUCUUUGGAUCCUCAACUCCAAACACUGGCUUCAGCUUCGGCCAGAACAAGACCUCAUUUGGCACAAGCACCGGGGCCUUUGGUACAGCUACAGGAAGUUUGUUUGGCCAGCCGCAACAGCAACAGCAACAACAACAGCAACAGCAACAACAACAACAGCAAGGUUCCAGUCUCUUCAAACCAUUUGGCUCAGCUACCACCACCCAAAACAACACUUUCUCCUUUGGCAACAGCAGCAGCAUGGGGCUGUUUGGCAACACUGCUGCCUCUCAGGCUGGAGGACUGUUUGGAAACACUAACACAAGUACGGCCGCAGGCUUCGGCACAGGAAUUUUCGGGCAAACGAACACUGGCUUUGGGAAUGUGGGAACACAGAAUCUUUUUGGUAAUAAGCCUGCUGGAUUUGGCGCCACCACAACUAGCGCACCCUCCUUUGGAACAGGCACUGGUCUGUUUGCAAAUAAGCCUACGCUUACUCUAGGGACUAACACAAACGCCUCAACCUUUGGAUUUGGUGCAACCGGUACUGGUGUGGGUCUCUUUGGGAGCAAAACUGCUACGACAGGCCUGGGAACAGGACUGGGAACUGGCUUUGGAGGAGCUGUAGGAACUGGCCAGACAUCAUUGUUUGGGAACAACCAGAACAAGCUGGGCUCCACCCUAGGGUCAGUGGGCACCUUCGGGACUGGAGGCUUCAACACUGGAGCCAACACUCUGAAUUUUGGUGCUCCUCAACAGCCUGUGGCUCUGACUGACCCUAAUUCAUCAGCUGCGCAGCAGGCUGUCCUCCAACAGCAGAUCAAUGCAUUGGCCUACUCUCCUUUUGGAGACUCACCCCUCUUCAGAAAUCCACUGUCAGACCCAAAGAAGAAGGAAGAGCGUCUGAAGCCCACAAAUCCAGCUGCCCAGAAAGCCCUGACUACCCCUACUCAGUACAAACUGACCCCUCGUCCUGCCACCCGUGUUCGUCCCAAAGCUCUGUCCUCCUCAGGCUCCUCCAAAUCUCAGCUCUUUGAUGGACUUGAUGAUGAUGAACCCUCUAUUAACAAUGGAGCCUUCAUGCCUAGGAAGAGCAUAAAGAAGCUUGUUUUGAAGAAUCUGAAUAACAGCAGUCUGUAUAACAGCUCUGUGAACAGAGAGGCUGAUGACUUGGCCUCUCCUUCAGAAUACCCACAAAACGGACUCCGUCUGAGUAUGGAUGAAGGAGAGACCAGAGAAGUAACUGUGGAGAGAAGUGGGGAGGAUGAUCUGGAGGUCUCCAAGUUCUACACAAACCCGAUCACCAAACUAAUUCCACACGCCCAGCCGAGCCCCUUGCUACAGGACACAAUCUCUGAGUUCAACAUGCGUGGAACUGCCAGUCAUCGCAAUGGCCUGGAGGCCAGCAGCGAGGACAUCUCUCUAGCAGAGGAUUCCAUUCAGGAGGAGAGAGAUGAGGACCUGGAGGCUCUGAAACCUCCUCACCCAGCUGGUAUAGUUCUUGCCCGUGUGGGCUACUACACCAUCCCAUCAAUGGAAGAGCUGGGAAGGAUGUUGAAUGAGAAUGGGGAGUGUAUUGUGGAGAACUUCACUGUCGGCAGGAAAGGCUAUGGGUCAGUUUUCUUUUCUGGUGAAGUGAAUCUUACCAACAUGAACCUGGAUGAGAUUGUGCACUUCAGGCGUAAGGAGAUAAUUGUGUACCCUGAUGACAAAGACAAGCCUCCUGCUGGAGAGGGACUAAACAGACGUGCUGAGGUGACUCUAGAUGGUGUGUGGCCCAAUGACAAGACAACAUGCUCUCAGAUUAAGAGUCUAGAGAGGCUGACUGAGAUGAACUACGAGGGCCGGCUUGAGGCAGCCUCGCGUAAACAGGGUGCCCGCUUCUUGGAAUACCGACCCGAAAUUGGCUCCUGGGUCUUUGAGGUGGCCCACUUCUCAAAGUAUGGACUCCAGGAAUCUGAUGAAGAAGAGGAAGUCCCCCCAAAGCUUGAUAUGAAGAAGCUGAAGACGGGUGUUCCACCUGGGAUCCCACAGCUUCCACUGACCCAGCAGCAGAUGGCGCCACAGGCUCAGAGUACAGCAGUUCUUGAGCUGCUCAGCCGUGUGUCGGAGUUGGACAGUGACAUGGCUGACAUUACUCAAGAACACCCGGCAGACAGUGUUUUGGGUGAGGAGGAUGGAGAGAGAACUUUGGAGGAGAAGCUGAGAUCUGAGACUCCUGCUGAGCAUGAGCCAGUGUCUGCAUCGAGUCAGAUUGCUUCCUCAAUGGGCAUCAACCCUCAUACCUUACAGAUCAUGAAGGCCUCUCUCUUUGCAGACGAUGAUGAAUGUGACUUGUUUCAAGAGCAUGGUUCUUCAAAGCUCAUACAGGAUGUGGCUUCCCCCAAAGUCUUGCUUUCUGGAGCUGGUCAGCAAUCAAUUGGAGCCCUUUUACAAACCAAAUUCACCUCAGGAGGAGGACUUUUUUCCCAGUUUCCAGAGGCUCCUUUUAGUGGAAUACCUCAGAAGCUUAGCAAGUCACUAGCAUCAGAAUCUCCAUGGCCAUCAUUGGGUCCUUCCUUCCUGUUGCCGGCCCCUCCUCCAGAACCUACUCUUCGAACUGUGGGGGCCCGCAGGCUAGGGGGCCCAGUCCCUCUGGAGAGCUCCAUAACUCUAGGAAAAGGCCAUCUGCUGAUGGAUGCUGCUUUGUUCAGAGGGCGAUCUUUCAGAGUUGGCUGGGGUCCCAAUUGGACACUGGUGCACUGUGGAGAUCAACUUAGUGUCACAGAGGCAAUUAAGGAGCAGUCGGCAGAGAUAAUGGGAUUUGGCUUCUUACCCAAACCUACCAAAAGCAAACCGAUCACUGAAAGUCCAUUUAAAGUGCGUAUGGAGCAGGUGGUCGGCCUGGAGCCCAAACAGUCAGCAGAGAGCCUUGCUCUGUAUCACAGACCACUGGAGAUUGGUCUAAAGCACAGCACAAUCAACACGGAGGACUACUGUCCCUUCAUCCAGCCAGCAAAAGGAGUGGAUGCUCUGCAUGGUUAUGCAGAGUGGAUUAUGGAAGUCAACAAAGAUAUAGGAGGAGGGGAUGCUUGUCUGGUCCAUUGGCGCCAAGUUUGGACCUUAUGUGCUGCUCUUUGGGGUAGUCUUGGUGACCGGGAUGUGGAGACUGAGCAAUACUCCGAUUACCAGCAGCAGCUUGAGAGGCGGAGGAGCUUCUCGCACUGGCUCUCUGAGUGUGCGGCUGAAUGCAUUGAGGAGGAGGUGGGUCGAGCCCUUCAGCACAGCCAGGCUGAGGCCAUAUUCAGUUACCUUACCGGCCACUGCAUAAGCAAGGCCUGCAAAUUGUCCCAGAAGAGUGGGGACCAUCGUCUUGCUCUGUUACUGUCUCAGGCUGUUGGCUCUAAGGUUUGUAGAGAUCUAUUGGCUCUGCAGCUCAGUGACUGGAACAGCAUGCAGACGGACUCCUUCAUAGACGAGGACAGGCUGCGAAUAUUUGCUUUGCUUGCAGGAAAACCAGUGUGGCAGUCAACAGACAGUUGUAUAAACGUGUGCUCCGAGCUUGAUUGGAAGCGGUGUGUUGCUGUCCAUCUCUGGUACAUGCUGCCUCCCACUGCAUCUGUAGCUGAUGCACUCGCCAAAUAUGAAUCUGCGUUUCAGGGUUCAGAGGAAGUGAAAAGGUAUGCUUGCCCUCCUUUACCUCCUUACGUAGAUGAACUCGAGUUGUUGGGUUUGGAUGAAGAGAUGGAAUCCAAAAAGCCACUCUAUGACAUCUGCUUCCACCUGCUCAAACUUUACAGUGACAGGCACUAUAGCCUACAACAGCUACUUGAUCCCAGCACAGUAACUGCUGAUCAUCUGGACUACCGGCUGAGCUGGCACCUGUGGAACGUAUUGCAGGCUCUUAACUACAACCACCUGUCCACCUCAUGCCAGGGCUUGCUGCAUGCCAGCUAUGCUGCCCAGCUGGAGAGUGCAGGAUUAUGGGAGAUGGCAAUCUUCGUGCUGCUGCACAUACCUGACUCUGGGCAUAGAGAGAGUGCAGUGAGAGAGAUGCUCAACUUGCAUUGCUCCCUUGAGGAGACGGAAGAAUCAGUGGAGAAAGAGCAGUUUCUCACGGAAAAGUUGCUGAUCCCCAUCCAGUGGAUCCAUCAGGCCAAGGCCAUUCGUGCUUGUAGAGGGGGAGACAAACGUAGUGAGGCUUUGCACCUUUACAAGGCCGGCCAUUGGAAUCACUGCCAUCGGCUUGUCAUCCAGCACUUGGCCUCAGACUGCAUCAUUAACGAUAAUCAUAAGUACCUUCUGGAAUUCCUAGAGGGGUUAGCAGUGCCAGAGCGCAGUGUUAAGAUUCAGGACUGGGACACGUCUGGACGAGUCUACCUUGAUUACAUCCAUGUCAUUCAGACGCUGCAGGACAUCCAACAGAUGGAAAGCCCAGGUUAUGAGCUGGAGCGACUGCAUACAGAGGUGACGUCUCUCUGCAGUAGAAUAGAGCGUCUCCCCUGCUCCAAAGCUAAAGACCGACUUGCACAAUCAGAGAUGGCCAAACGUGUGGCUAACAUCCUUCGGGUGGUCUUGAGUCUCCAGCAAGGUGGUGAAGGCACCCCAGAUCCCCGACACAUCCCUCUUUGCCAGCUUGCGCCACACAUUGGACGUCUACCCAUGCCGGAGGACUAUGCUUUAGAGGAACUCCGCAGCCUUACUCAGUCAUACCUGCAAGAGUAUGUUAUCGGUCACUAAAUAUCAAGAUAAAAGUUUCUCAAUCAGUUCUGCAGAAAUAACAUGAGUCUUGAUUGGGUUAACCUUCAGCACUCCAACUAUAUGGCUGUUUCAGGCCGUGGUUGAACUUUUGAUGCAUAUUUAGGCACAAUACUUGUGAAUAAAGCAUUCCCUUGUGUGUUUGUGUAGGAGCUUUUUCCCCCUUUCAAUCCUGUAUUGUAGUUAUAGAAAUGAAUGCGUCUUGAAUAAAGUAUCUCUUU